AUGAACUCUCCCCAACCAAUUAUCUUGUGUUUCGCUCCCAAUCCGUGGAAAGCACGAUACGCGCUGAACUUCAAAGGCUUAACAUACCGGACGGAAUGGGUGGAUCUUCCCGAAGUAGCAUCAACGCUCAAAAGGCUCGGUGUACCGCCCAGUCGGACAUUCAGCGAUGGCAGUCCAUUCUAUACCCUGCCUAUAGUUGAAGAUCCUUCCACUAGCGAAAAGCUGGGAGACUCGUUCGACAUCGCACUCUACCUGGAUAAAGCAUACCCCGACGCACCACGGCUAUUCCCCCCGUCGAGCGUAGGUCUACAUGCCUCGUUCAACGCUCACGUGGAUGCACUUUUCUCGCGCUUUGUGAUCCUUUUCUUCCAUGGCAUGCCUUUGGAUCCGGAGACGGCGGAGGUGUCCCAUGCGACCUUUGCGGCCAGAGCCGGGGUGAAAGGCUGGGAUGAGCUGACGGUCACUGGGAAGGCCGGACAGAUUACUCUGGAAGGAUUCAAAUCCGCUCUCACCGAGUUGGCCAAGUUACACAGCUAUACAGAGGGUCCAUUUUUGGAGGGCAAUACCGUAUCGUAUGCUGAUUUCAUCGUUGGUGGUUGGCUGCAGUUUGCGAAAGUAUCGCUUCCUGAAUGGGGUGAACUGCAGAAAUGGCAUGAGGCACGGUGGGAAAGACUACAGCUCGCGUUGGAGAAGUACGCAAAGGUUGCAUAGAUGACUACCUCUGGUCCACGAGGUUGCUGUACGACUCGUCAGACUGCCUCAGCGGGGCAAAAGUGGUUUUCCUUCACGGCGAAGUUCUCCAGAUAACAACAGAACACGAAAACAGCGGCAUCAAUCCUUCCUAUACUAUCAACUAUAGAUCAAAUACGAUCUAUAAUUUAUUUCUGCGGAUGCUAUUGUUCUUGUAGGCCGACUAAAGUAGCGAAAGCACGCUUUUUAGUAGAUUUCUGACACAACAUGCCUAUUCGCUAAGGUCAGCUUACACCCUAUACUGUGUAUGAUAUAGAUUUUGCCGUAAAGGGAAAGAAGCGUCCAAAGGCGGCCAAAACCCACCGGAAGGGGCUUAGCGUAGUUUAU